AUGGCGCCCUCCGACCGUCUCGACCAGGUCAACAAGCACCUCAAUUACCCAGCCGGCAUGCUCGCCGGUCAAGUAGCCAUCAUCACGGGAGCAGGUCAGGGAAUUGGUGCAGAGGCAGCUCGCCUUUUCGCCAAUGAAGGCGCCAAAGUGGUGGUCGCCGACAUUGACAACAAAAAGGCAAAUGCUGUGGCUGACGCGAUCAAUGCGGCCUCUCCUGGUCGGGCCCUGGCCGUGGUGGGCGAUGUCCUCGACGCCAACUAUAUCGAAACGCUGGUGAAGAAGGCGGCUGAAUUCGGCGGGGGUAAGAUUCAUAUCAUUAUCAACAAUGCCGGUUUUACGUGGGACGGGGUCAUUCACAAGAUGACGGAUAAGCAAUGGGACACUAUGCUCGCCGUGCACAAUACCGCACCAUUCCGGCUUGUGCGUGCCGCCGCGCCAUACUUCCGAGUCAAGGAUCAGGAGCCCCGUGUGAUUAUCAACAUUAGCAGCACGAGUGGAAUCCACGGCAAUGCCGGCCAAGCAAAUUACGCCGUUGCCAAAGCCGGCGUCGUCGGUCUCACACGCACCAUCGCCAAAGAAUGGGGUCCGGCCUUUGGCGUCCGCUCCAACACCAUCGCCUUCGGCUUCGUCACGACGCGGCUGACCGCGGCCAAAGAGGCCGGCGCCUUCAUCACCACGCCCGACGGCGAAAAAGUCGCCCUGGGCAUUCCCGGAAAGCAGCUCGAUGGCAAGAAGGGCGAUGAAGCCGCGUCCUAUCCUGACAUUCCGCUUCGGCGGCCCGCUAGCCCCGAGGAGGCUGCGAGGGCGGUCUUGGCGGUGGCCAGUCCGUUGUUCUCCUAUGUGAAUGGGGAGACGAUUCGUGUUACGGGUGGGAGGAAUAUGUGA